AUGUCUGGGUUCAAAAGCCAAAGAUGGUCUCUUAAGGGUAUGACUGCACUCGUCACCAGUGGAACUAGAGGCAUUGGGUAUGCCAUUGUAGAAGAAUUAGCAGGACUUGGAGCAACAGUGCAUACCUGUGCUCGUAACAAGGCACUAAUCGAUGAAAGGGUUCAAGAGUGGAAAAUUAAGGGUUUUACAGUGAGUGGUUCAGUUUGUGACCUCACAUCUAAAUCUCAAAGGGAGGAGCUCAUAAAGACUGUCUCAUCUGCUUUCGAUGGCAAGCUUAGUAUCCUUGUAAACAAUGCUGCAAUAGUCACACUCAGAGGAACUACAGAUUAUAGUUUAGAAGAUUUCUCAAGUAUGAUGAGCAGUAAUGUUGAGUCUCCCUACCAUCUUUGUCAACUGGCACAUCCUCUUCUCAAGGCAUCAGGAAAUGGAAGCAUUAUUUUUGUUUCCUCUAUUGCUGGUGUAAUAGCUCUGCCUAAACUGUCUGCCUAUGCAGCCACUAAAGGAGCAAUCAUUCAGAUUUCAAAGAACUUGGCAUGUGAAUGGGCAAAGGAUAAAAUUCGAACAAACACUGUAGCACCAUGGGCUCAACGUGAUGAUUUCAGAAGGCUAAUAGCUCGAACUCCCAUUCGUCGCCUUGCAGACCCUAAUGAAAUUUCAUCUCUAGUGACAUUUCUUUGCCUCCCAGCUGCUUCUUAUAUCAAUGGACAAGUUGUUAGCAUUGAUGGAGGAUUUACAGUUAGUGGUUUCUAG